UUAGACAAAUGACAAAUCAUUUUGUUGACUACAAAAAUAAAAACAAAUAUUGAUCCGAUUAUAAUCCAUAUUUUGUAGGUUGUACAAAGGCUUUGCCUUCUCCUGUUGCUGUCGUAAAAUUUCAUUCAUUUCGUAAAUUGCUAAGACUUAUCACUAUCACUACCAUUAAAGGAACGAAAAAAUUGUUUCAAUGGACGAAUUUGGUAUUCCCGUUGAAGAAUUUAUAAACGCAAUAAAAGAAUUUAAAAAUGUGUCGGAUCAAAUUAACGACGGAUGGCGGAUUUACGAAAAUCAAAAUGAAAUACAUAAAUCUUAUCUCAAAAAGGAAUCCUUCGUUAACUUUGAUUUACAAGGGGAAGUAACUCUUUGUAAAGUGGAAUAUAAUAUUUUCUAUAACGUUAGCUAUGCAGUUCCUUCGUUUAGUUUUAACGUUUGGAGGUCGAACGGGACUCUACUAACAAUCGAAGAGAUCAGACAACUGUCGUUCAUACAUAUAAAACGUGAGGAGUUCUACUCAGUUAUAACCCAACAGGAGCACCCUUUGUUCGGACGGCCAUAUUUCAUCAUGCAUCCUUGCCACACCGCCCAACUGCUGGCACAGUUCCGGCUCAACUCGAGAAAUAUUAUUGUCACAUUCCUAAGUCUUAUUACACCAUUAUUAAAACUAGAAUUGCCAUUAGAAUAUGGCCUUUAAAAUGUUUAGACAAAUUUGUAAUGUUUAAAUGUUUAAUCAGCAUUUUUGAACUAGUUUUCAUGUCGUCAAUGUUGUAAAAUAUUAGUGUGAUUUUAUCUAAUAUGUAUAACCCUUUCAAUGCUUGAAAUUUAGUAAUAUGAAAACCAAGUUACCAUUUUUGUCUUAACACAUCUAGCGCCACCAACUUUACUGGUGAGUCACAGUCACUUUAUUAUGAAAAAAUUAACAGCAUGGAAUGUGUUAAGAGUGAAAGCAAUCUAGUCAAUAUUACUACUACCUGUUUAAAAAUUAUGCCGUCAUGGAGGGAAAGAGAAGAAAAAUCUUUUUCUUAUGCCACUAACAUGUUAUGUGAACGAGUCUUUGAAAAAUAAAGAAAACAACUUAUUUCAAGGGAUUACUAAAGCACAAGUCAUCUUAUUGACAUAAAAUAUUAUAGAAUUAGAGAAAGCAUUUAGUAGUUAUUAUGUAUUUUAUCUAUUCUAUUUAAAAAAAAAUAUAUAAUCUGCAUGCUUCUUCUAUAAAAAAAUAUUAAAAAAUAAAGUACCUUUCGCUUGCUAUUUACUGUUUAAAAGAUAAUUAUUGCGUACAAUAGUUUUUAAUUCAUAUUAAUCUUUUUAAAUAUGCAAGAGGUAUUUUUAUUUUGUGUGAAGUAUGCCAGUAUUGCCAAAUAGAAAUCUAUAACCACCGCCUACCUCUUUGCAGUGCCACAGUAGCUCUAUAGAUAUUGAAAAUGCUAUUAGUUCUACAAUCCUGCUCAAAAUAUCUAAUUUAUUUUUUAUUUAUUAAUAUUCAACGGUAUUAUCGAUCU